UUAGAAAACCACCAUUGGCCCCUUCUGCGCAGACCACCACGCGCACAAGCACAAGUCGACGACCAAAAACAGAGGAAGCAGAAGAAAAGGCAAAGGCCUCCAAGAUCUCGGCUCCGAGAGAGAUCUGAGAGAGAGGUGCUUCGGAGAUGCACGACUUCUGCUUCACGAUCCCCUACGGGUUCGCGGUCCUGGCCGGCGGCCUGCUGGGCUACCUCCGCCGCGGCAGCACCGCCUCACUGGCGGGCGGCGCCGGCGUGGGCGGGCUUCUCCUCCUGGCAGGGUUCGUCAGCCUCAAGGCCUUCGAGAAGCGCCGCAACUCCUACCUCGCCCUCGCACUCGAGACCCGUACGCUCCGUCUCCCUUCCUCCAAUUUCAACUGCGCAUUUAAUUGUAUGCUUUCUAAUUCAUCACAAAAGAAAAGAAACGGAUAGCUGCACGGUGUCGAG